AUGAAAGGACAAAACACACUAGCUAUUAUGAUCUGUUUAUUUCACAUCAAAGCUACACUUUGGGGUUUUACAGAACAGGAAGAAGUAACAGGGCUGUUUUCCAGGGACCGCAUCCUCCCUUGUCAUUUCCCACCUGGUCAUGAUGAAGUAAUUCACUGGAGCAAAAAGAACAAGAAAGUCAGUUACUACCAGCAGAAACUGAAAGAACAAGAUCCACAUUACAGACUCAGAGCACACCUUUUCCGGGAGAACAUCCCUAGUGGAAAUGCCUGCUUGAAACUUAGUAACCUGACCAUGACUGAUGAGGGCUACGUGGGAACAGUACCAGAUCGAACAGAAGUGGAAGUGCUGCUACGCGUGAGAACUCCUUCUUAUGCACUGGAAAACCAAAAGACAAAGACAGAAAGGAAACUGAAGUGCUAUGCCUUUUUCUCUUAUCCAGCACCAAAUAUAUCUUGGGUACAAGGCAAUAUAUCCAUCCAAGAGACAGAUCGGGAGGAAACCAGGAAUGAGUUUUCUAUUCUCUUAAGAUGUGACAAGGACACUAUAAAUGACAGAUACUACUGUCAUAUUCAUUUUCAUCAUGAAGUGUGGGCAGCUGAAUGGAAGAUGCAAGGCCACCUGUUUAAUGUGGAAGGAGGUAGCACUGUAACUCCUUGUGAGCGCAGCAAUGACACGGCAAGCACUGACACUUUCAGUGUUGUCUGGACAUUACACAGAAAUGCAGUGACCUCAGUCCUGGCCCCCUUCAAUGGCACGUCUCACUCUCACCAGCCUCGGGUCCAGAUUAACGAAAAUGACUUUUCACUGAUGUUGGAUCAUCUCACUGCAGGCAUCAGUGGAGAAUAUCUGUGUAAUAUUUCAACACCUCUCUACACAAAACUUACUGUGAGAACUUUACAUGUUGCUUAUUGUGGCAAAGGUUACAAAAUCAGUGGCUGCCUUCAGUUGCCACCAACUGCUCUCAUAGCUGAGGACACAGCAGUGCUUUCAGAAUUCUGUCCUAAAUGCUUUGGUGAUGGCAAACGUAGCUUUAAAUGUCACAGAGAGAUGAUGGGAAGCCCAAAGCAUGUGAUAUAA